UUUAUUUUUAUUUUUUCUUUUUAAUUUUGUUUGAGCCAUCAUAGGUAGAGGUGCGCAAUCCUCCAUUGUAGGAAAGCAAUCACCACUAAAGCCUAAGUACUACCGAGACAAUACCAGGCGUCUCGUAGCCAUUGAGAGAGAGCCGAAAGUAAUCGUGGAGGGAGAGUCUUUUAGUGGUGAUUCUUUUGAUAUCGGUGCUCUUUUUGUUGAUUUAAUAAUUGAGCCACCAAUAGCAGAGCCACCGAUGUCGAUGCGUGCACACAUGCAUCCUGAGAGGACCACUCCUCUCAGUCCAAUAGUUUUACCAACCGAGACGGUGGAAGCACGUAAUGCUUUCACCAUUAAACCUGGUACACAUAAUGCCCUUCCCUUGUUUCAUGGGAAGGAGAAUGAGGAUCCGUAUGAGCACGUCCGUCAUUUCGAGGGCUUGGUGCGCACCCUGGCCACCACUACUCAGUGGGAGAAUGCUUGCCUUAAGCUUUUCCCAGCCUCGCUCAGGGACAAUGCAGAUAAGUGGCUGCGGAUGCAGAAGCCACAAUCUCUCACGACGUGGGCUGCUGUCCGAGAUUUAUUCUACAAGAAAUAUUUCUCGGAAAGUAAAUCGAAGUACCUGACUCGCCAAAUCCAAUCGUAUAAGCAGAAAGAGGGCGAGUCGUUUUUAAGGUGCUGGGAGCGGUUCAAGGACUUGUUGUUGUCCUUACCACAUCAUGGUUUCAUGAAACACCAGUUGGUGUCAUUUUUCUAUUUGGGCUUGAAUGUUGCUACGGUCCAACAAAUGGAGUACCUCUGUAAAGAGGAGGAUUUUCUAGAUAAGUCCCCGGACGAUGCGUGGGACUUUCUCGAAGAGUUGGCCGAGAAGCACCGAAGUUGGGAACCUUCCGACCUCGGUGAUAGGGCCAUGGCUGCACAGGGACCCAGUGGGUCUGGCAUUUUUCCUUCUAGUGUGCGAGAGCACAAUGUCCAGUCUCAGCUGGACAAGAUGGCUAAACAAUUAGAGGACUUGAAGCUUAAGCAAGUCCAUCAGGUGAAUGAGGUGAAAGUCGAAGAGGUGUGUGCGUUAUGUGAGUGUCCGGGGCAUCUUGUCACUGCUUGCCCCGCAUUUCCCAUUGUCAAAGACGCAUACCAUAGUAACCAGGCUGAGGUGAACGCACUUAACCAGCGUUGGGAUCCUUAUUCAAAUACCUACAAUCCAGGGUGGGCCCAAAACCCACUUUUGAGUUGGAGGGAUCAAAAAGCCCCGGUGCAACCCCAAGCACCACCUCAGCCACAAGUUCAGCAAUUCCGGCCUCCUCAAGGCCAAAUGACCCAAUUUCGUUACCCACCUCAGCAGCAGCAGGGGUUCGGUCCUUCAUCUUUUGGACCACCCCCAGGCAUAAACCAUCCCCCGCGGGAUAAACAGACUGAUGAGAUGAUGAAGGCUCUCAUGCAGUCUCAGUUAAGCUUCACUGAACAAACCAAACAGGCAAUUGGUGACAUUAGGACCCAAUUGACCCAGUUGACGGCGGCAGUUGGACAAAUCCAACAGGAGAAGGGAAAGUUUCCUUCUCAACCUUUAGUCAAUGCCGCUGGUACCCAUUAUGUGGGCGAUUCUUCUGGCCCAAGUAAUCCGAAUCUCAGUCUGGAAGAUGCUAAAGCGAUCACCACUCUCAGAAGUGGGAAGGUGAUUGACAAAGAUUUGCCCCCAAAGCAGAAAUCGGUGCCACCCUCGGUGCCGGUAGCUAUUCCAGCAAUCAUUCCAAACUUGGGAAGUGUUCCUGAAGUAGAGAAAGAGGCGGAAUCUCCUGAAGUGGUGGUGCCUGCAACUGCGGCCCCCACGACUCCAAUGCCACCCGUUGCUCCAUAUCCAAAUCGCUUGGUGGCGAAACCUAAGGUCAAUGUGAACUUUCAAAUGCUUGAAUUAUUCAAGAAAGUUCAGUUUCCAAUCUCUUUGAUGGAAGCCAUUGACGCAAUUCCUCAGUUUGCUAAGGUUUUGAAGGAUCUAUGCACGUCAAAGCGGAGAACUAAGGGUCAGGACAAAGUGCUUCUGACGGAGCAAGUGAGCUCCAUUCUCCAAACUGAGAUCCCCACCAAGUGUAAAGACCCUGGUUGUCCCACCAUCCCUAUAGCGAUCGUAGGCCAAAAGUUUGAUAAGGCUUUGCUGGAUUUAGGAGCGAGUGUCAACCUGCUCCCCUAUUCAGUAUACUUGAAACUUGGCUUAAGCGAUUUGAAAGCCACACCGGUCACGCUGCAGUUGGCUGACCGGAGUGUGAGAAUUCCAAAGGGGGUGGUGGAGGAUGUUCUAAUUCAAGUGGGCGAGUUUCUUUUUCCAGUCGACUUCAUUGUCCUGGAUACAUGCCCAAUACCAGAGGUCUUUGAAAAGACUCCUAUCAUCCUAGGCCGUCCAUUUUUAGCCACCUCCAGUGCUGUCAUGAAUUGCAAAACUGGACAAGUCCAAUUGUCGUUUGGGGACUUGAAAAUGGAGGUGAAUGUUUUCAACGUGGAUAGCCGGGUUGAGGAUGAUGAGGAGAUAUAUGAGGUGAGUUUGAUCGACACGCUGGUACAAGAGCAUGUCGAUAGUGUGUUAUACAAGGAUCCUCUGGAGAUAACCUUAACCGCCGAGGAGGCGUCAUUUUUAGAUUCUCCAGAUGUAGGAAGUUUAAUGGAGAUGCUUGCAGUGGAGGAUGUGUGUGGCGCCGCUUGGAACCCAGUUCUUGAGCCGCUGGGCGCCCCAUUUCCUACAGCUUUCCCAUCGUCUGUCCAGCCACCUAAACCAGAGCUAAAGCCUCUGCCGGACACACUUAAGUAUGCCUUCCUUAAAGGCGAUGAUACUUUUCCGGUUGUGAUCUCUUCAUCCCUUGAGGAAGAUCAAGAGGCUAAGUUGCUUACCAUGUUGAGAAAGCACGUGGGUGCGAUAGGCUGGACAAUAGCAGAUUUGCAGGGUAUUAGUCCAACGGUGUGUACACACCGCAUUUUUCUAGAUGAGGAUGUGAAGCCUACUAGGCAACCUCAGCGUCGUCUGAACCCCAAUAUGAAGGAGGUGGUUCGGGCUGAGGUGCUGAAGCUUUUAGAUGCGGGUAUUAUUUACCCGAUAGCCCAUAGUGAGUGGGUGAGCCCAGUGCAGGUGGUGCCUAAGAAAGCAGGAGUGACCGUCGUGAGAAACGGCGAGGGCGAACUAGUGCCGACCCGUGUUCAAACCGGGUGGCGAGUUUGUAUCGAUUACCGGAAGCUCAAUGCGAGCACCCGGAAAGACCAUUUCCCUCUCCCAUUCAUUGAUCAAAUUUUGGAGAGGGUGGCUGGCCGGGCAUUCUAUUGCUUCCUGGAUGGGUACUCUGGCUACAAUCAGAUUGAGAUAGCCAUGGAGGAUCAGGAGAAGACCACCUUCACGUGCCCUUAUGGUACGUUUGCCUACCGUCGCAUGCCCUUUGGCUUGUGCAAUGCUCCCGGAACCUUUUCAAGGUGCAUGAUGGGAAUUUUUAGCGACAUGGUAGAGAAGAUCGUGGAGGUGUUUAUGGAUGACUUUUCAGUUUUCGGGGACUCGUUUGACGAAUGCCUCGAGAACUUAGGAAAGGUCUUGCAACGGUGCGAGGAAAAGCAACUUGUGCUUAAUUGGGAGAAGUGCCACUUCAUGGUGACCCAAGGGAUUGUGUUAGGACACAUUGUCUCAUCCAAGGGUAUUGAGGUGGAUAAGGCGAAGAUUGAUUUGAUCGCAAAUCUUCCCACUCCAAAGUCUGUAAAAGACAUUCGAUCUUUCCUCGGUCACGCCGGUUUCUAUAGGCGUUUCAUUAAGGGAUUCAGUGCUAUCUCCCGGCCGUUGUGCCAUUUACUGUCAAAAGACACGCCCUUUGUAUGGUCCGAGGCGUGUAAGGAGGCUUUUCAGACAUUGAAGCGGAGUCUCACUACUCCGCCGAUUGUUCAGCCUCCAGAUUGGAGUUUGCCAUUUGAGUUGAUGUGUGACGCCUCCGACUAUGCAGUCGGAGCGGUUUUAGGGCAGAGGCGAGGGAAAGAGCCAUGCGUCGUUUAUUACGCGAGCAAGACGCUAAAUGAGGCACAAAUGAACUACACCACUACCGAGAAGGAAUUGCUCGCGGUGGUGUUUGCCUUAGACAAGUUUCGGUCCUACUUGGUGGGUUCGCAGAUUGUGGUGUAUACCGAUCAUGCGGCCUUGAAGUAUUUGAUGACCAAGCAGGAUGCGAAGGCUCGCCUUAUCCGGUGGAUUCUUUUGCUGCAAGAAUUCCACCUUGUGAUUAAGGAUAAGAAAGGGGUUGAGAAUGUAGUAGCCGACCACCUGUCUCGUCUGGAGUUUGAGGACCCCACCUCUCAUCUCCCCAUUGUGGAUUCUUUCCCUGACGAGCAGUUGUUCGCUGCUAAUGUGUGCCCAUGGUUUGCAGAUAUCGCCAAUUAUUUGGUGACUGGGCAAAUUCCACCCCAUUGGUCCACAGCUGAGAAGCAGCGAUUUUUGAGAGAGGUCAGGCAAUAUAUUUAUGAUGAUCCAUAUGUGUUCAAGUAUUGCGCGGACCAGAUAGUGCGCCGGUGUGUCCCCGAAACUGAUAAAAGGGGAAUUUUAGAGUUUUGUCACACCGAGGCGUGCGGAGGUCAUUUCUCCGCAAAGAAGACCGCCGCCAAGGUCAGUGAGUGUGGUUUCUUUUGGCCGAGUCUUUUUAAGGAUGCAUACGUCUUUUGUAAGUCGUGUGACCGGUGUCAGAAAUUAGGCAAGGUUGGCCCGCGGAAUAUGAUGCCCCUACAAAACAUUUUUGUGAUAGAGGUCUUCGAUUGUUGGGGUAUUGAUUUCAUGGGCCCGUUUCCGGUGUCAUACGGUUAUGAGUACAUCCUCCUGGCGGUGGAUUACGUUUCCAAGUGGGUUGAGGCAAUUCCCACUAAGACCAGCGAUUCUAAGGUCGUGCUAGAGUUCUUGCGAACUAACAUUUUGUCAAGGUUUGGCAUGCCACGUGCCAUUAUCUCUGAUCAGGGCACACACUUUUGCAAUAGGUCUUUUGGGGCGUUAAUGAACAAGUAUGGCAUCUCUCACAAGGUGUCUACUGCUUAUCACCCUCAAACCAACGGUCAGGCUGAGCUAGCAAAUCGCGAGAUUAAGGGGAUUCUAGAGAAGACCGUGAACCCGAAUAGGAAGGAUUGGUCACUUCGGUUGACUGAUGCCUUGUGGGCCUACCGCACUGCUUACAAGACCGUGUUAGGUGCUUCACCCUACCGGCUUGUUUAUGGUAAGGCCUGCCACUUGCCCGUUGAGAUGGAGCAUAAGGCCUAUUGGGCCAUUAAGACGCUAAACGCGCGUUUACCUGAGGCGGGUGCCCAUAGGAAGCUCCAGUUGUGUGAGCUUGAGGAAAUUAGGAAUGAUGCGUAUGAGAGUGCGAGUAUUUAUAAGGCUAAGGUUAAGGCGUAUCAUGAUAGAAAUAUUCAGCGCAAAACCUUUAGUGUUGGUCAGAAAGUGUUACUGUAUAACUCGCGCCUUCAUUUAUUUCCUGGUAAGUUGAGGUCCCGGUGGGACGGUCCCUACGUUGUGCAUAAGGUUUACCCGAAUGGUUCUGUAGAUAUUUGUGACCCGAAAAAUAAUAAUAUUUCCAAGGUUAACGGGCAACGUCUAAAAUCAUUUUUGGAAUAUGUGGAAAUAGGUGAACCUGCUGAGGUUUUGGUCGAUCCUGUUUAUUCGGAUGACCCUGUUGUGUAGCCGUUGGGCUACGUUCCGACGGGUAGCUCUCGCGUACCACUGUCUUCACUAAGAAGUGGACCCGGCCCCUAGCAAUAGUGGUACCCAUCAUUGACUUGGGUUUUGGGAAUAAUCUUUGUACACUCGUUCUUUUAUUUCUUGUUAAAAAAAAAAAAAAAAAAAAAAAAAAAAAAAAAAAAA